AUGGGCGACCCACCAGCACACGAACCGCUCCCGUCGCGCUCGCAUGUCCUCGUCCACCCGCUCUCGUCUUCAUCAGCGCGAGCGGCCCACGACCUCGUCCACGCUAUCCGCAACCACUCGCGGCACGAUGCCGCUCCUCCCCCUUCCCCACCUUCCCCUCGCCCUCGCUCGACCUCGCCGCACUACUCGCCCUGGCGCAUCAGCAACAAGUACUACCGCGCCUCGGUUGCCUUUCGCGUCAUGUCGCCGAGCGACGCAGAUUUGGACCAGGAGGACGACCUGCGCACGAGCCUGAGCGAGGGGGACGAGCCCGCCGUGGUCGUCGUCGCGCCCGCUUCUGCAUUGCCUUCGCCGACCGUCCUCGCCCUCCUCGAGCGCCUCUCCUCCCGCGACCCCGAAUUCGACGUCGCCCUCCUCGUCACGCACCCUCCUUCCCCCGCGCACGGCGCCUCGGCCACGUCUACCGCUACUCAAGCCGUCGCCGACGGCCCGACUGGCCCGGGCGCCGGCGCCGGCGAGAUGGACGAGGCGGCCUGGGACGACGCCGCCCUGUCGGCCGGCUUCGAGUGGGUCCACCUCGGUCCCGCACCUCGAGCGGCGAGCGGGAACGGCCAGGUCGAUGCGGAGGACGAGGAGGACGGCGAGUCGCCCGUCGGCCGCGUCGUUGCCGCCCUGCACGCGCAUAUGUGGGACGGCAUGGAGCGCGUGGAGCGGCCGGCUCGAGCUCCUCCUCGCCGCUCGUAUACGCUCGCCAACGGCACAAGCGGUGCUUCGGUUGGUCAUGGCGAGGACAACGAGGAGGACGAGGACGACGCCGAGGACUGGUCGGCCUUGAGCGCGCCGCCUCUUCCUGCGCCGCGGGUCCGGCCCGGCGAGGCCGCAGCUGGAGCGGCAUGGGCGUUCCCCGAGCGCUUCCUUCCGUCCAUCGCGCGCUCGACGACGGACGGGAGCGGCGCGGCAGGCGAGGACGACGUGUCGGCGGCGGCGGGAGCGAGGACGUCGUCGUCGUUCGAGGACGACUUUGCGCCGUUCGUCAGCGCAACGAGCUCGUCGACUUCCUUUGACGCCAACACGACCGCCGAUGCUGCCGCCGGCACGUCUGCCCUGGCGCAUGACGCUGGUCCACUCGGCGUUGGCGGCGCCGACGCCGCCUCGAUUGCCGCCUCGCCGCCGUACCGCCACCCCUCCCUCGCCUUUCCCGACUCGACCUCCGCCUCUAUCACCUCGCCGCACCCUCUCCUGACCGACGACCCUUCCCUCGACCCCGCCGACACCGACCUCGACUCGCUCGACGACCUCUUCUCGCGCCUGUCGACCGCGCGCGCCGCGACGGCUUCGAUGGACCUCGACGAGCGGCGCGCGCACAUGCCGCCGCGCACACGCAUCCCAGCACCCGUCCAGCUUCGCCCAUCCCCCCGCGCACGGCCCACCGCCGCUCCCUCCACCCCGCCAUCGUUCGACCCCACCUCGCUCCGCGCCCGCUUCCUCCCGUUCGCCCCAAGCCCCGGCAUGUCGUGGAACGCCGCUCUCGAGAACUACGCACGCCUCAAGAGGCCGGACAAGGAGCUGCAGCAGGGCGUGUGGCUCGCGCACAACGACCAGACGAUGACUAUCUUCGAUGGCUUCGAAAAGGCCAAGUACCACAUGCUCGUCCUGCCUCGCGAUCCGUUCCCCCUCCCCAAUCCUCCAGGAGGCACCGUCCCCCGAUCGGCCCUCGUCUCGCUCUCGGCCCUGCUCGACAGCCCGCAUGCGCUGUCGGUCCUCAAGGCGUUGCGAUCGGCGGGAGAGGAGGUCGCUGAAAUGAUCCGCGACGAGAUGGACAAGGAGGAAGGGUGGACGUGGGACGUGAGGAUGGGCUUUCAUGCGGUCGAGUCGAUGCGCCACGUCCACCUGCACGUCAUCUCGAACGACAUGAUCUCGCCCAAGCUCAAGAACAAGAAGCACUGGAACUCUUUUCACCCGACACUAGGCUUCUUCCUGCAUCUCGACGACGUGAUCAAGGGCGUCGAGAGCGAGGACGGGUACCAGCUCGAUGCGCCUCGAGCGUACGAGCCGCUCCUCAAGGGCCCGCUCGUCUCGCACUAUCCGCCCUACGCCGAGUUCAAGAACCUGCCGCAGCUCAAGUCGCACCUCGAGGACGAGUGGGAGCGGCUCGGCAGGCGAGUGCGCGAGGAGAAGCAGGCCGAGGGGUAAGAGGCGUCAGCAGGGACGCAAUGAGCGUGCUCGUCUC